AUGGCCAAAAUCCUUUCCAACUUUGGUAAGAUGUUGCUGCGCCGCCGGCCGCUGGACUUCUCCGGCGAAGAGACCCAAUUUGCCCGCUGCUUAUCCACCCUGGACCUCGUCGCCUUGGGGGUGGGCUCCACGCUGGGCGCCGGUGUCUACGUCCUCGCUGGCGAGGUCGCCAGAGAAAAGGCAGGACCGGCCAUCGUCCUCUGCUUCCUCAUCGCCGCCCUGUCUUCCAUGCUCGCCGGCCUGUGCUACGCCGAGUUCGGCGCCCGCGUCCCCAAGACUGGCUCUGCGUACCUCUACAGCUACGUGACGGUGGGCGAAAUAUGGGCUUUCAUAACAGGAUGGAACCUCAUCCUGUCUUAUGUCAUUGGUACGGCCAGUGUGGCCAGAGCGUGGAGUUCCACCUUUGACAACCUGGUUGAGCAGAAAAUAUCUGGCUUCUUUAAAGCCUCCAUGGCAAUGAAAGUACCUGGAAAAGUGCUCGCAGAGUACCCGGACCUCUUCGCUCUAAUCCUGGUCCUGCUUCUAACAGGGCUCCUUGCUUUCGGUGUGAGCGAGUCGGCGCUGGUGAACAAAAUCUUCACGGGUAUCAAUCUGGUGGUCCUGGGGUUCGUCAUCAUUUCCGGCUUCGUCAAAGGCGACGUGCGCAAUUGGAACCUGGUGAAAGGCGAUUACAUGGAGUUCAGAAACGGCAGCAACAUCAGCCAGAAACAGUUGGAAGAAGAGUUCGGUGAUGGUGGUUUUGCUCCAUUCGGUCUCACUGGAGUGUUAUCUGGUGCUGCCACUUGUUUCUAUGCCUUUGUAGGCUUUGACUGCAUUGCUACAACUAGCGAAGAAGCGAAGAACCCCAUGCGCUCCAUCCCCAUCGGCAUCGUGGCGUCCCUGCUCAUCUGUUUUUUCGCCUACUUCGGCGUGUCAGCAGCCCUGACCAUGAUGAUGCCGUACUACCAGCUGAACACCGACAGCCCCCUGCCCGAGGCCUUCAGCUACGUCGGCUGGGGGCCGGCCAGAUACAUCGUGGCUGUGGGUUCUCUCUGUGCUCUGUCCACCAGCUUACUGGGCUCCAUGUUCCCCAUGCCUCGAGUUAUUUACGCCAUGGCCGAGGACGGACUGCUGUUCCGUUUUCUGUCCAGGAUGAAUGCUCGGACAAAGACCCCCGUCCUGGCUACCAUUGUAUCUGGUAUUGUUGCAGCUCUGAUGGCUUUCCUGUUCGAUCUGGCCGCCCUGGUUGACCUCAUGUCCAUAGGAACCCUGCUGGCGUACUCUCUAGUGGCCAUUUGUGUCUUAAUUCUCAGGUAUCAGCCAGGCAACCUGAAUUCUUCCAGUCAGAUGGAGAAGCUGGUGGAGCUGGUGGAGGGCGAGAAGGUGGCUGUGAGUGGAGACGACAGCGGAGACGAGUACGGCAUGGAGACGGAGGACAGGCCCCUCCGAGAAACGUUCAGCGCCAAGCUGCUCUUCAGUCCGAGUGGGAAAACCCCGACUAAGAUCUCUGGAACAAUCGUCUACGUCACCACAGCUGUCAUUUCUGUUCUCAUCACCGUUCUGUGCAUAAUCAUGGCAAACUGCCUGUCGCAGCUGCUGGCCGGGCAUGCAGGUGUUGUGACGCCCUGCGUCAUCUUAUUUCUUCUCUGUACCAUCUGCGUUAUCAUCAUCUGGAGGCAGCCGGAGAGCAAGGAGGCUCUCACCUUCAAGGUCCCCCUGCUUCCCUGGUUGCCCCUGUUCAGCGUUUUCGUUAACAUCUACCUCAUGAUGCAGCUGGACAUUGGUACAUGGUGCCGCUUCACGGUCUGGAUGGUUAUCGGCUUUGCCAUCUACUUCUUCUAUGGUAUUCAGCACAGCAGCGAAGGUAACAACAGGUCGGGCAAAAACGAGCCGGCGCUGCAGAACAAGAGCCCGAUUUACAAGGGCGCCCCCGACGAGAGCGACGUGGAGUCCGGCAGCAGCCCCUGAUACGGACCGACUCGCACCGAGGCGCGCUCCCCUAAUAUCUGCACCCAUUCCUGAUCGCCUCGGAAAGCUGACCUGAGUUUAAAGGAGGCUAGCAAAACCGCCACACACAUCUUACCUCUGAGUCGGAGGCCGAUUAAUUAAUUCGUACUACUUGACCACUAGAUGCUGUGACGGAGCCGCUUCCCGCUUAGUCUGAGUUCCGACCUGUUUUUAUUAUUUAGCCUUAGCCGCACAGCAAACACUCACCUGUUGGCAUCACAUCGCAUUCAAUGGAUCUGACUAAUAACGAACACUGAAGGUGUGUUUUAUUCCGUUACAUGAAGCUGCAAAAUGAAAAACUUUUUAAAAUGUUUGUGUUGUUAUCGUCCUGAGGUGGAUCCACGCUGGGAGUCCCAUCGAGUUCACCAUUAUAAGAUGGUUCACCGAGUCCAGAAACAAAGAUGCAUAAACCUAUGAAUGUGUGCAGUAAAGUUAGAGCGGCUGUUACUGGUGUGUUUACGCUCUGUGGUGACAGGCUGCAAGGUUUACAGCCUCUGUUAUUGCAGGUAGGUCAGUGCUGAUGUCUGAAGUCCUCCCUGAAUAGUCCUUUUUAUUUUUUUAUUUCAACACUACCCCACUGCACCCAGAAAAUCUCUGAAAACUGCUGUAAAUUAUAUCAGCACUGCAAUAUUUAUGUAGAUUUAUAUUUAUGUAGGCAUGGGCCGACUAGUACUAUGGUUUACUUGGUCUUUACUCCAAAUUUUUUAAUCACAAAUGUGCAACAUGGACUUUUAUUUAAAACUGAAAAACAAUAUUGAAAUAAUUUAAUAUUGGUUUAAAUGUUAACUAUUACAUGUAUUUAUCAUUAUAUAAGAAAAAUAGCUAAAAAUGAAUGCAGCAGCAACAUUUGGGGGGAGGGGUUUGUUUGCACUAUUUUGUGCUUUAAACCAGUAUCUGUUGUUUUUGGGGUGAACGGGGCCUUGGUAGGCCACCUUUCUGCCACCCGCUCCUCCAAAAACAAUCACAAUGACAAAGAUCCUCUAAAUCAGGGGUGGCAAUUCCAGUUCCUGAG